AUGGAGUCCAUAAUCGAAAAUCAGCGAACAUUGCAUGAGGAGAGAGAACGAUGUCUUGAUAUUGUUGUAAAGGAAUUUAUGGCUGAUAAAAAAACUGUAAGUCUGCGAAGGUUUAGUUCAAUUUUUUUGAUGGUUUGUAUAAUUUCACAAUAAGUCUAGAUGUGCUUGUUUUAGCAAAGGGAGCGAGUCAAUUCAGAUCAGCGGUGCCGUUCGUAUUUUGAGCGUUUUAAUAAUGCUUCGGAACAGUUAAUUGAUAUCUACAAAGAUGUGACUGGAGAAAGGGCGAGAGAAAUAGAUCAGCUUGGAGGUCCGAAUGAAUUCGCAGAGUUUUAUUCAAGGCUGAAGUUGUUGAAGGAAGUUCACAGAAGGAAUCCGGACGAAGAAGCCAACUGCUUGACAUUGGAAUUUGAAAAGAAAAUCCAAUUUAUUCAGAAUCCGGACCGCGUGGAAAAGGAAAUUGUCAAGUUCUCCGACGAGGAAGGCUAUGGUAAAUACCUCGACAUGCAUUUAAUAUUUGAGCAGUACAGAAAUCUCAAAUGUGUUAAUGUAUGUAUUUUUUAUCGUAUGUUAGAAAAGAGAAACCUCUUUAGGCUGUCAUUUGCGUUUUUCGUGUUUUCAGAAGUUGAAUUACAUUACAUUCAUUGACAAAUUCGAUAAAUUUGAAGAAAUACCCCGCGAAACUGCAAAAAAAUCUGGUGCUUAUAAAGAAUACUUGGCAAAGUUGUUGGAAUAUAUCCUCGAUUUUAUCUCCAGGGCGAAGCCGUUAACUGAUGUUGCCGGGAUCAGAAAGAGAGCUGAAAAGGUAAGAUUUGAAUAUAUAUUCACCUUUAUUUCGCUUUUAGGAGUUUGAAAUUUUGUGGGCAGAAGGGAAAUUGGAAGGAUGGAAUAAGGAAAAGCCGGCUUUGGCAAACCCUGGUGUACCGUUAGACCUGGAUGGAUUUGAAUCCGCCGAGCAAUUGGAAGCCUUGGGCGGAGAUCGAAUAAAAUCGGCUUUGAUUGCAUUAGGAUUAAAAUGUGGAGGGUAAGUUUUAUAGAUUUAAUAGUUCUUGGUUAUUUUUUGAAGACGUUAGAAAGAAGUGGUCGAUGGAAGAAAAAAUUAAAAAUUCUCUUUGUAGGACCCCAAAAGAAAGGGCGAUACGGCUAUUCUCGGUCAAGUCUUUGUCACCGGAAGAAUUGGAGAAGGAAAAACCCAAGAAAUCAGCAGAACAACUGAAAGAAGAACGGCGUGUCCAAUAUUUGGCCAAGACUGAAUUUGAACUCAAGAAGUAGGUAAAACGGAAGAAAUUGGCCUAAUUUACUCUGGUGACGUUGUUUUUUACUUUUUAUGAUAAGCCUUAGUAAAACUUCUCUUAUUUUUAGGUUAGCCGAACUGUUGUCUGAUGAAAGACAAGCCACCAAAGAGAAUGUCGAAAGGAAACAAGCCAGGAUUGUUGGGGAAGAGGAAGAAGUCGAUGACCAAGAGGAAGAUGUCCCUGAUGAUGUAGAGGACGAUGAUGUGCCUUAUAAUCCGAAGAAUUUACCGCUGGGAUGGGAUGGGAAACCGAUUCCGUAUUGGUUGUAUAAAUUACAUGGUCUCAAUAUCAGUUACACUUGCGAAAUUUGUGGAAAUCAAGUUUACAAAGGCCCGAAGGCAUUCCAAAGACAUUUUACGGUAAGUAUUUGUAAUUUUUAAUACAGUUUAACGAUCAAAACAACAACUUCGUUAUGUUUUGUAAAUGAAAACCGAUAAUAUGUACUGCAACUUUCACUUACGUUUUAACUCUUUCAUUUUUUGGUCUCACACGUUCGCUCACAAGAAGUGUAAAGACAAGGAGAAAAACAUUCGAAACGUAAAAGGCACAUUCGAAACUAUCUGUGCCUUGAUUGUUACACGAUGUUAUCUUAACGUUCUUCUGUUAUCACUUAUUUAAAACAUGGUCUCUCCACGCUUUUAAUUAUUUGCUCGUAGGAAUGGCGCCAUUCCCAUGGCAUGAGAUGUCUCGGAAUCCCCAACACGGCCCAUUUUGCUAACAUCACCAAGAUCCAAGAUGCUCUCGAUCUGUGGAACAAGAUGAGUCAGGAAAAGGAAUCUUCGAAAUGGGAUCCCAACAUUGAUGAGGAAUACGAGGACUCCAAGGGGAAUAUCCUCAAUCGACGAACAUACGAAGAUCUUAAGAGACAGAACCUCCUCUAA